UGUUUCUCCAAAUGAUUAUUCAGGCUCCGGCGGAGAAAGGAGCACUCGGCACGCAGCGCCUUGCCCCUCGCCACGGCGCCCCCGCCCGCCCCCGGGCUGUCGCGGCCGCCGGCACCGGAGCCGCUCGGAGCCGCCGCCGCCGCUCGCCGCGGGGCCAGCUCCGCCGUCGGGCUCGGGCUGGAGCCGCCGGCAGCGGGGCUCCGGGCUCCGCUCGCCGCUCGCCCCGGGGCCGGGCCGCGGGGGGCGGCCGAGCCAUGAGCCCGGCCCCAGCGGCCGGCCCCGAGCCGCCGGCCGGCCCCGAGCAGCAGCAGCAGCAGCAGCAGCAGCCCGAGGAGCAGCGCCCCAACACCGCCGGCACCGCAGCCACCAGCGGGGGCUCGCCCGGCCUGCCCUGAGCCUCUCCGCCGCCGCCGAGGUUUCUGACCGAAGGGCCUGGGAGCUCCCUGCAGUGGUGCCGUGGGCCGCUCCAGCCAAACCAAUGCACCCUGACAACAAACUGCCCAGCCAUGGCAAGGCAGGCAGCGGCGGUGCCCCAGCCCAGCACCACAACGUGAGCCAAGCACCCACCUGCAACCUGGGCUCCAAGGGUGUGGGGGCGGGCAGCCAUGGCAGCAAGGCCACUCAGAUCUCCCCUGGCAACUCUGGACUGAAAAACAGCCAGAACGCUGUCCCAAACUUCAGCUCCUUGAAGGGCAAGGUGAAACGGGAACGAAGCAUCUCAGUGGACUCCGGAGAGCAACGAGAAGCCAGCACCCCGUCGCUGGACACGGAAUCGAAAGGUGAGGUAGCUCCCCGCAGCAAGCGGCGGUGUGUGCUGGAAAGGAAGCAGCCGUACAGCGGGGACGAAUGGUGCUCGGGACCAGACAGCGAGGAAGACGACAAGCCCAUCAGCAGUGCACACAAUUGUAAUGUAGCAGACCCUGCGAUGUCCACAGCCUCGCAGCUUGGCCCAGGGUCCAACCCGUUGCCAAACCUGAACGAGACCAGUUCUUCCAGCACGCCUCAUGGUGCUGCCCCGGGCUUACGGUCGGACGGUGCAGGAGGAGGAGGCAGCGGAGCAGGAAAGCAGCCCUCGCAGUUCGUUUACGUCUUCACAACGCACCUUGCUAACACAGCUGCGGAAGCUGUCUUGCAGGGCCGAGCUGACUCCAUUCUGGCCUAUCAUCAGCAAAACGUCCCGCGGGCAAAGUUAGACCAGGCGCCAGCUCACAAAGUGCUGGGGGUUGCUGAGCAGCCUCCGAUGAACCCUCCUGCUGCCAACACUCCACAGACCCAGCCACCAGCACCUCAAGCUAGCCAGCCACAGCCUCCCCCACCGCAGCCUCCUCCUCCGCCUCAGUCCAUCGGUCAAACAGCUUUGCCUGCGCCCAGCAGCCUGCCCCAGGAAGGGACAAGCGAAGAUGUCCGGAGAGAUCUGACUCCCAACUCUCUGGGAAACAACAGUGCCAGCAACCAGCCCGGGAAUAACCACCCCAAUACGCCCACUGCAUCUGCCAACACCAUGCAGCCUGGGCAAGUGGACUCGGCUACACCCAGCUCCAGCCUCCUCGGGGAGGGCCCAGGCUCAGGGAUGCAGGGGAACGGGCAGGCAGGCCUGGGCCCCAGAAACCCUAUGAACUCCGAGGGGCUCUCGAAGGAGCAGCUGGAGCACCGCGAGCGCUCUCUGCAGACCCUGCGGGACAUUGAGCGCCUGCUGCUGCGCAGUGGGGAGGCUGAGCCCUUCCUGAAGUCCGGCCAAACCACAGGGGAGGGUGGCACUGCCCCUCAGCCCCAGGCUGCCCCUGCCCAGCCUCCUGUACCCCCUGCCAGCAUGAAGAAGUACGAAGAGCCUCUGCAGUCCAUGAUUUCCCAGACCCAGAGCCUCGGUGGCCCCAGCCUGGAGCAUGAGGUACCCCACCAUCCGGGCACUGACAUGGGGCAGCAGAUGAACAUGAUGAUGCAGCGGCUGAACCAGGACAGCCUGACACCGGAGCAAGUCGCCUGGAGGAAGCUGCAGGAAGAGUACUACGAGGAGAAGCGCCGGAAAGAGGAGCAGAUCAGCAUCCACGGGCGGCCCAUGCAGGAGAUCAUGAUUCCACAGUCUAUGGGCAGCAUGAUGAUGCGUGGGCCCCCGCCACCUUACCACAGCAAGCCUGGGGAGCAGUGGCCACCAGGGAUGGGCGGCCAGCUGCGGGGUCCUAUAGACGUGCAGGACCCUAUGCAGCUAAGGGGAGGGCCGCCCUUCCCAGGGCCACGAUUCCCUGGAAAUCAAAUGCAGAGAGUCUCUGGCUUUGGAGGGAUGCAGAACAUGUCCUUGGAUGCUCUUGGGCCCAUGAAUGCUAUGCAGAGGCCGGUCAGGCCUGGCAUGGGAUGGAGCGAUGAUCUGCCUCCUAUGGGAGGCCCUGGGAACUUUCCGCAAGGCUCCCUGCCGUACCCAUCGGGGCAAGGGGACCCUGAAAGGUUCAUGAAUCCCCGUGCCAGGGAGGAGAUCCUGAGGCACCAGCUGAUGGAGAAACGCCCGGUCGCAAUGCAGAGGCCCAUGGGGAUGUCCAGCAACUCCAUGGGCCAGGGGAUGGAGAUGGAGAGGAUGAUACAGGCUCACAGGCAGAUGGAUCAAUCCAUGUUUGCUGGGCAGAUAACGGGGGACAGCCUGAGCAGUGCCCCCAUGGGAAUGGAUUUUGCAGGCACGCGGGGGAUGCUGAGCCCCCCUAUGAGCCAGUCGGGCCUUCGGGACAUGGAUGCACCCAUGGGCCCCGGCAACCUCAACAUGAACAUGAAUGUCAACAUGAACAUGAACAUGAACCUCAACGUGCAGAUGACCCCCCAGCAGCAGAUGAUGAUGUCGCAGAAGAUGAGGGGCCCUGACAUGAUGGCCCACCAGGGCAUGAGCCCCGAGGAGCUGGCCAGGGUGAGGGCUCAGAACGGCAACGGCAACGCCAUGCUGGGGGGGGCGCAGAAAAUGGUGAUUCCCUCCCAGUUCCCCAGCCAAGGACAACAAGGCUUCUCAGGCGGGCAAGGACCUUACCCCAACAUGUCCCAGGAGAUGGGCAGCACCUCAGACAUGUUCAGCCCUGAGCAGGGCACCAUGCCCGUGGGGAGCAUCAGCGGCACCACCAGACUCAGCCACAUCCCUCUGCCUCCAGCCACCAAUCCUACACCCGCACAAGGGGGCAACUUGGCCAACAUGCAUCCAGCACCUUCCCGGGGGCUGGGCCGCCGGCCCUCUGACCUCACCAUCAACAUCAGCCAGAUGAAUUCCCCCAGCAUGGGGCACCUCAAGUCCCCCACCCUCAGCCAAGUGCAUUCACCGCUGGUCACUUCCCCUUCUGCCAACCUCAAGUCCCCGCAGACGCCCUCACAGAUGGUCAGCAUGCCACCUUCUAACCAGUCUGGACCCCUUAAGUCCCCCCAGGUGAUGAGCUCCUCACUUAACGUCCGGUCCCCCACGGGCUCACCGAGCCGCCUGAAGUCCCCCUCCAUGGCUGUUCCUUCCCCCGGCUGGGUGCCGUCUCCCAAAGCCACGCUGCCCAGCCCAGGAGUCACCCAGAGCAAGCAGCCGCUCAGCAUGAACUCCUCUGCUUCCAUGGCAGGACUGGAUCAGGGUUCUCUCCCUUCUGGGCCCAGGAGCAGUUCUUCGGCACCAGCCAGUAACCAGCCAGCCUCCAGCACCAUGAACCCCAAUAUGCCUUUUACUUCCUCCCCGGAUCCAUCGCCCUCCCAGAACCCCCUUUCCCUGAUGAUGUCUCAGAUGUCCAAGUAUGCUAUGCCCAGCUCCACGCCUCUUUACCACAAUGCCAUCAAAACCAUUGCCACCUCUGACGACGAGCUGCUGCCAGACAGGCCUAUGCUUCCCCCGGGGAGCAUGUCAGGUGUGACAGGGAAUCAGACAAAUCAACUGCACUUAAACUCCGUGGGACCUGGAUCUUCUCAGAGCCCCAUGGGAAUGAACCUGCCUGGUCAGCAGCCCCUCUCCCACGAACCACCCCCUACCUCCAUGAUGUCCUCCCCAAACCCUCUGGGCUCCAACAUUCCUAUGCACCCAAGUGCACCGGGGGCAGGCGUCCCCCCCCCGAACCCCAUGAUGCUGCCCCCGGGGCCCCAGGACUCGCUGAACCAGCAGUGCGGCCCCGUGCCAAACAGCUCGCAGAUGAUUCCUUCCAACCAGCUCGUGUUCCCCCGCAUGCAGCAGCCCCACAACGCCAUGCAGUCUCCUGCAGGAGGCAUGCCCAUGGUCCCCGGCGGGGCAGGCGGCCCCGGCAUGCAGCAGCAUUACCCCCCGGGGAUGCCCUUGCCACCCGACGACCUUCCUGCCCAGCAGCCCGGCCAGAUGCCCCCUCAGCAGCACAUCAUGGGCAAGAACAUCCCUCCUCGGAUCGGCGAGACCUACCCUGCCGUGCUCCCCGGGGUGGCAUCGGUGCUGAACGACCCCGAGCUCAGCGAGGUCAUCCGCCCCACGCCCACCGGCAUCCCCGAAUUCGACCUCUCCAGGAUCAUCCCCUCGGAGAAGCCAAGCAGCACCUUGCAGUAUUUCCCCAAAAGCGACAGCCAAGCACCCAAAUCGCAGCCUUCCAACCUCCACCUCAUGAACCUGCAGAACAUGAUGGCUGAGCAGCCCCCCGUGCGGCCAGGUAUGAACGCCCCCAGCCUCCCGGGGCAGCAGGGCGUGCAGCGGGGACUCGGCAUGCCCAUGUGCCAUCCCGGACAAGUGCCCAUGCUGGGCAGGACAGGCAUCCCGCCCCAGCAGGGUAUGAUGGGCAACAGCAUGCACCAGGGCAUGAUGUCUCCGCAGCAGAGCCUGAUGGCCCAGCAGAAUUUCAUGCUGAUGCAGGCCAAGCAGAGGAGCAUGUCCGUGUCGGGGGAGAUGUACGCCCAGACGGGACACAUGAUGUCACCUCAGGGCUCGCUCAUGGGGCCCCCGCCGCAGCAGAACCUAAUGGUCACGCACCAGAUGAGGCAGAGGAGUGUCUCCCUGGACAGCCAAAUGAGUUACAUCCCCGGGCCGGGGAACAUGGCAAACCUGCCUUUCUGAGCACGGGGGGGCCGGGUUGUACAGAUGUUUUUAAACCUUUCGUCGGGGGUGGGUUGGGGCCAACGCCAGUGGAGGACACCAAGUGGGAUGCUUUUCAUAUCGGAUUUGCCUCUCUACAGAAAACCACAUGUGCAGUAAACUUGAUGUGAAUUGUUCUUUUUUUUUUCUUCUUUUCUUUUUUUUUUUUUUCCUCCUUUUUUUUUGAGGGGAAAGGGGAGGGUGGAGGGACUGGGAGUGGGAGUGGGGCUGUUAAUUUUGAACCCUGUGUGUUGUCCAGGGACUUCCAGACCCUGUGGCAGUUUGUAAAGUUUUCAUUUAUCAUUUUCCUCCUUCAAGUGUUUUUCUUUCUUUUUUUUUUUUUUUUAUUUUUUCCUUCUCUCUCCUUUUUUUCCUUUUUUCCUUUUUGUUUUUUUUUUCCUUUAAAGCAACCAAAAUGCGCAAGAGGGUUUUUGGAACUAGCUGUAAAUAGGUCGCUGAGAAAGGCAAAACUUGUGCUGGUUUUUAAUUGUUCUGUAUUUCUGUGUUUUAAUAGAAGCCUCAAAACAUGUUUUAAAAAAAAAAAAAAAAAAAAAAGAACAAAAAACAUGCUGAAGGCAACAGUGUACAAGGAUUGAAAGCUCUCCUGGGGGGAGGCAGGAGGAUCCCCCAGGGUGCACAGGGCGUCGAGAGAUUUCAUUAUAGAGUGACUCUUUGUCAAACCUGUGUCAUUCAUGCGUUGGAGCAGUUUGCAUGUGCAGGUUGUACGGUUUCACGCAGAUCUUAGGCCCCUGUGGAGUCUGUGCUGAGCACCAGAACACAACCAGUGACUGAGGACCACUGGGGAGGUCGGAGCUGUGGCCCCAGCCACUGGAGCAGCGCUCAGCUGGCCGGGCAGAGGCCUCAGCCUCUCGGGAUCCCGCUGGCACUGCUCCACGGGGAUGCUGCUUUGGCUGUGAAAGCUGGGUUGCUCCUCCCGGUGCUUCCCGGAGAGGCCAGCCAGGAGCCCUGCCCUUUCGCAGCCUUCCUCCACCAGUCCUUCACCCACCCAUCGUCCGCCGUGAUCACAACGUGUCCCCUCUACCUCUGCUGUUGAAUGGUCUCCCAGGUCUUCCUUCCCCAUCACACUUGCCUGUGCUCCUCAUCCGGGCUUUCAGAGGCAGUUUUUGUCCCAUCUUGCCCCGAGCUCCCUGUUGCAGCCCCGCCGUACUGCACUGUAGAGGGCCAGCUGGUGCGGGUGAGCUGUCCCUGCACGCAAUACUCAGCUCAGAAGCAGAGUUGUCUUGCAUGGUGUCAGCUGUGUGGCUGCUGCGUGUCACGGGCUGCUCUGCGUUUCUGAUCUCAGAGGCUGAGGUUCUUAUCCCGAGGCUGACGGAAGCCAUUUGAACAACUCAGGCUUUUCUGGAUGCGCUUCGCCCUCCCAUCCUCCGUUCUGUAAGGUCUUCCUGCACAUGGCACCAGUGUUUUUUUUUCCUGUGUCUGUCCACUGAAGGGACUGUGGGGUUAAGCACAUGCACUUCUGUACACACAGGAUCUCUGGAUCUCUGCAGGGACCACGUUCCAGCAUGGUGAACCCUAUGGGUAUCCCACUGUGAACUCAGGGCACUCGAUUGCCACACGAACACCAGCUGGAGGAUUAUCUCUGCAAAGCCAGACUCAGCAUACUACCUCUCUUGUAACAGCGCUCACCUUUCCCUACUUGAAACCGCAGGGAGGAGAAGGCUUUCAGAAGGGGAGGUCGUCAAGUAGAGAGGGAUUGGCAAAGCUUUUUAUUGUGUUGCAAGCUGUUAGAAAAGACCGGCAGGUGGUGAAAUGUCACUCCAGUGUCUGCGUUGAUUGGAUCUGUAACGAGAUUUAGCCACAAAGUCUGAUCAGGAAUACCCUGACGUGUUGGGGUAUUUGUAGAGUGCGGUACUAGGUUGGAAGUGUGGGUCUGGAUCUGAGGAAGAACUUCACUCUGGUCUCCUGCUUCGUGGUGUUUAAGAUCUGACCGAGCAUUGCUUUAAAAAAGUGGCAAACCAGGAACAAUCCUGGAAAGUGCUCGUCCCUGCCUUGGCAGUUAGGGCAAAGAGGAAUCGUCUUCAACCUGGGCUAAGUAAGUGUGCUUUGGACCUGACAUUGUAGCUGCUUGGAUUCUCCAUCCUCUCAGGGUGUGUGUUUCACCUGGGAGGAUGUGGCUCGAGCAGAUGCAGCUUUUUCUUAGCUUGACUAGCCUGAAAGGCUGUGGCUUCCCUUGGCUGCACUUUGGGGUGUUGGCUGCUGGUAUUUUCUCGUAAACACCCAAAUACCAACGCCAUCCCCGAACCUUGCUCAUCACCCACCAGCUAGUCUCGGUUAAUUUAAAGCCAUAAUAUUUUUUAUAUAUAUAUUAAAAAAAAAAAAAGCUUUUUUUUGUUUGUCUGUAGACAGCUGUUCUUUCGGUCCAGUUAAGAUCUCUGCCUGUCAGUACCUCCCCUGUCGUCCCCUCCACCCAGCCCAACUCAGAAGUUGCCUGGGACUCCCCGCGUCCCCCUGUCAGCAGCACCUUGUCCCUGUGUCCUCCGCAGCACUGGAGAAGCCACCGCUGCCCGCACGUGGGCAGCCUGAUGGCAGGAGGAAGACCUGUCCUUGGGUGAUAAAUUACUAGGAAGCAAACCCUUUCGACUCAGCAUACAAAAGGGAAAUCCUGGCAUUAUUCCAGCUGCGGGCUGUGGGUUUCAGAGCAGCACUCGGGGGGCUCUUCCUCAAAACCCCCCUGCCCUGAAGCCAGCCAGCCCUACCCUGACUGCUGUGACGGGGGAACCACAGGGAGACGAGGUGCACAGCACCUUCUGCCUGGGCACUGCUCCUCGCUGUGCCCGAGCUCAGCACUUCUGGCAGGAGCUUCUCUGGAAGCGAAGUAACAGCAAGUCCUCGUUAGACCUGGGCAGAGUGUGCCAUCGGCCGGCUACCCGCUGCUGUGAGCUGUGUCUAGUCUCGUGUCUUGUCGUUUAUUGCUCGGCUUCCCAGCUUGAGUUCUGUGUACUGACUCCACCUAAUCACGGUAAAAGGUUUGCCCAUGUUUUAGCCAUGACUUCGCAAUGUUGUUUUUUUUUCUGGCUCUGAAAAGUAAACGUUGGGAAACAGCAUCUUUCAGUACAUCAGUAAUCACACACCUGGAAUUAGCUUUCACAUUGAGGUAAUGGUGACUGACCUGUUCUCUGUCAUCCCAUGGAGAAACUUCCCCAGUCAUUUUGUACCAUUAUAUAAAUAUAUAUAUAAAUAUAAAUAUAUAAAUACAAUAUGUGAAGACAUCUUAUUGGUUUUUAUUUGAAACAAUUUUUAGGCUUGUUUUUGGGUAUCUGUGCUGCCUGUAAUGUAUUGACCUGUUUUAUAGGUGCCUUUUUAUUAAAAAGACAAAUUUCAAAACCUGA